AUGGCAUGUCUUCGCGAUAGAAGGUGCGCAAUCUGCCGGUUCGAAAUCGAGGAUAGAGAUACUAUUAUAGUCGAGAUAGGAGACUCUAUACUAGAGUUCGAGUUUCAACGCUAUAAGGUAUUUUCUCCGCCUCUCAACAUCGGAGAUGAUAAGGACAAGGAUAUUACUAUACAUUUUUGUCUUAAUGCCGAAUGUGAAUUCAACAAUCAACUUAUACCGUGGAUUCAUCGAGCAUGCCGCCGUAUCACUCGUUUGCAAGUCUCUCAGGAUCUUCUGGCUGCAUUGGCCUUUUCGUUCAGCCCGAGUGUUGUCAACAGAAGCAGAAGAGAGAGGCUACUGCGGGACGACUUUGCUUCUCACGCGGCUCGAGGGUCGCUGUGGCCUAAAGAACUUCCAACUGAGCUGUGGCAUUUAGUCGCAGACCACUUUUCAUUGAAAGAUUAUGAUGCUUUAGUAGCGGAGCGAUUGAGUCGGAAGUUAUCGACGCCAAAAGAGACUAUCCUUGACCUCUCGCUUCCUAUUCAUGUCACAUACAGAAUGAUCGAUGGCGCUCGCUACAUAUCUGGUCUUAGAAACAGGGAUGGACCAGUGAGGACUAAUUCAAUUGCGCGAAUCGAGACGGCAGAGGAUUACUAUGGUGUUAGACAGUUACGUUUUCAUAAUGGAUACGAUAUUCUUAUCGUUCCAGAAAACAUAAUUGGGGAAUCAACCGUCUGGUGGUCUAUAUCUUCGGGAAACCAGUUCCUACGUAUAUCACACGAUGGUCUCAAAGUGCGCCGGAUACGCCCGCUCUCUCCGACAACAGACCUUAGUUCAGUCCGCGUCUCAAACCCAGAUAUAACGCCUAUACAAAUCGUUAAACUUACUCCUGAUCCGGCUUUCUCUUAUAGCAAGAUUUGGAUGCAACAACUUAGAUGCAACUACCCGGACGUGAUAGGAUUCUUUGCACAACUAGGCAUCUGCGGAACGAUUACUAUCCGUGAGCAUUUCAAUGGGAUUGAUCCUCAGAUUUUCCACCAGUCUCAGAGCUUUCCAGGCGAAUCAAGAGUCACUAUUGGGCGGAUGACCCAUGCGGAUGAAAUAUCAGUGAUUGUGAGUAAAUACGAUUUAUUUAAGUAA